AUGUUACUAUUAUUCUUGAUUUUCUUCUCCUUAUACAGUUACAAUCGUUAUGUUAUGUUCUAUCGAGCAUUCGGUGAUCGCGUGGUUGUUGUCGAUGCUAGUCAAUAUGGGAAUAGUGCACGAUUUGUUCGACGUUCAUGUAUUCCAAAUUGUAGACUUGAACACUAUGUUGUACAAAGCAAACUUCAAAUUGUAAUACGUACAUCAAUGGAAGUAAUGCCUGGUACUGAGUUGACUAUCCCUUUCGAUUUAGACUAUCGAGCAUGUCGUUAUCCUUUAGAUUGUGCUUGUGCAAGAUCUCGUUGUCCUGUCCUUAAAUGGCGUCGAAAUAAAUAUAUUGAAUCACAACUUCGUGUACUAUCAAAACCCUUAUCCCAAGACAGUUCAACUAAUCGAUCCUAUGAUUCAGGUAGUUUAACAUCAUCUCCUCUUGUAAAGACAUCUAUCUCAUCAAAUAUUGUCAAUCAAUCAACUAAUCUUUCUUCAAAUGUAAAUUAUAAUCUUUAUCCUAUAAAAUCUAAUUUUCGUAAAGAAAUUGAAUUACCUUACCCUGACUAUAAUCUUAAUGAUGAAGAUAAAUUGAAUGAAACAUCAAUAGAUUUAGAUAAAACUUGUUCUAAUCAAAAUUAUACAACAACAAAUUGUACAUCAUCAUCAACAACAUCAUCAUCAUCUAUUGUUAUAAAUAAUCAAUAUAAAAGUAUUGAAAAGACUAAUAUAGAUUAUGAUAACUUAAAGAAUAAUAAUUUUGUAACAGAUGAAAAUCAAAUACCUAAGACAUCUGAAUCUACUAAUACAUUAAUUGAAAUCAAUUCAAAAAUAUCUUUACAACAUAUAAAAGAUGUUUCAUAUCGAAAAAAUCAAAAUGUAACCGAAGAGAAAUCGCCUUUUGAACCUAUUAUUACAACAAGAAGACAAGCUGCUGCAGCUAUGAAAAGUGUCUUGAGAUGA